ACACGAUUUGUAAUAUAGACAAAAAGCAGACAAAUAUUUAUUUUGAUAAUUGUUAGUUAUCAAAAGUAUAAGGUAUUGAUUUGUUAGUUACCUCAAAUAUAAGUGACUGUUUGGUCAAUUGACCCUGUGCUUUGGUAAUUGCCUAAUUGUAUGUAUGUCACAGACGAAUCGGGUUGUCCUCUCAUCCUUAUCCGCCGGCGUCAAUUGACCCAGUGAUUUUGCAAAGACUCAAACGGCGAGUAACAAAGGACGACUCAGAACGCAAGUAGUGCGGAAGAACUGAAAAAAUAGCGACAGAGGAUAAAACAGAACCGCACUUUCUGAUGCUGCGACUUAAAGAAAAAUGAGUGGCUGAAUGUGACCAGAAAUGGCUACUGCUGCUCUCACCGUUACCGCCUCUUCUUCUUCUCCUCAUCUGUCUCCUUACACCUUCCGGCCAUCCACCGUCACCAUCGUUCACAAUCACGCUUCUUCUCCGCCUUCGGUGUCCCGAAUUCCGGCGAAUUUAGAGGUUAUUAUCUCGCCUGCGCGCAGGAGUAGGCUAGGGUUGGCUCUUCGUACUCAUGCUGCAAUAUCAGCACAAGGCCACCAAGGCACAUCUGAUCCUGAGCUACGCUCGGUUCUUGAACUCGCUACAAACUCCGAGUUGCGCGAGCUGGACAAGGUUUUAUUCGGACCAAGUUACUUCAGUCCUCUGUUGAAAUCUGUGAUGAAGAGACCCGAAGUCGAUUAUACGAUGAUUGAGGAAGACCUCGCGGAGCGAGAGGACUUCAUUGCUGCUCUUGAAUCGCGGUUUCUAUUCCUUGCUGCCGAUGCCCGCUCCACUUUGAGGGGUUGGAGGCCUUCAUAUAGAGACGUGUUGCUGAAAGUGAGGAAGAAGUUAAGUGUCUCUUGCUCAACCAAGUUGUCAACCGAAGAUCUAGAAGCAGAAGUUUUUCUUCAUCUGGUUAACAAUUUUGCAAGUGAAGAAUCAGGAACUUUUCCAGGUUUAUGGGAAUUAUCGAAGCCUUUGGAUAGCGAAGAGGGUGUAGAACUUGGAUUGGAUCAAUGGAAGGUACAAGGGCUUGGUGCUCUGAAGCAUGUGGUUGAAGAGCUCCAGCCAAUUAUCUUGAAGGGUGGUAGUGCUCUUACAUUGUCAAAAGUUUAUCAAUCGAUAGCUGGUAAACUAAUGGGCAAGGUGGUUCUGGAUGCUGCCAACUAUCAAAUAAAAAAGGAAGUCUUAAAGAAGGGUGGACAAUUAGCUGCAAUGAAUUUGGAAUCUAGAGCAGCCUUGAUUAUGGCAAAGCGGGGUUUGGCUGGAACUGCAUCAAGAUAUCUGGGCCUUAGAAGCAUGAUGUCAUUCCUUGGCCCAGUGAUGUGGGGAACCUUGCUGGCUGAUGUCGUCAUUCAGAUGCUUGGCACCGAUUAUGCUAGAGUCCUGCCAGCAAUUUACGCGUUUGCACAGAUUCGUCUCACCCGCACGUACAGGCCACAGAAAGAUGGUAAACAAUGCAGAGGUGAACCAUUAUAAGAACGUCAGAUUCACAGAUCGGACAAUCGAAUCACAUGUGGUGCCCAUUUCCCAGAUAUGCUUUGCGCUCUGAACAUGCCAAUCUUCAGGAUACCUGAGAAUUAGUAUCUUGGGGAGAUUUUCCGUCUGGAACUGGAGCUAUGGUUUCUGCGGUCUAACCGGUUCGGGCUUCAGAGUCUACUUCUUUCUGUGGUUUGUGGGUUAUACGAGGGCACCAUUUCUGACUGGUGGUGGGACUGGAUCCACAGCCACCAUGCGGGGAAUUGUUGAUGAUGUUUCUUGCUUUCUUGUAUUUAUCCAGAAGGAUGGUGAAUGUGUAUAGUUCCUCUCCUGUGGUGAAUCCGUCGGGCUGGGUGCCCGUGUCCGACAGCUUACGCCUGAAAGGCCAAGGAUUGUAAUUUCUUUGAUCUCUCACUACAUAAGGAUCAAGAUCAAAUAAACGUUCAUUCUCAUUCUGUCGAAAGACAAUCCAUUUUGAGCCUUUCAAUAAAUAAUGAGCAAGUUA